UUGAAUCAAAAGGUGUCGGUACACACCUUUAACCUAAAAGCGCCGACAACUGGAUGAAUAUCACAACUUAAAGUACCACAGCAAUUAGGAUAUGGAAAUGAACAUCGAUUCUAGUGACAAAAAUGACAGAUGAAUAUCAACAUCCAUUAGAAAUCUGUGCGGUCACGCUCCGCUUAAGGGGUCAUUAAGGGGUCACUGAUUGCAUGUCUAUUAAAUGUAUCAUGAGCUCAACAGACGAGACGGAUUGAAAUGUCGAGGAGAAACUGUUUUCGCGUCCUGAAAAAUCUUCUGGCUAUACGCACGCUGUUUUUGGUGCCAAUCGCUUUCCUUGCUCCACUGAAAAUCUUGGAGGACGGCGAACCAGAGUCGCGAUGCGCCUAUGUGCUGGUGGUGAUGGCCAUUUUAUGGCUGACGGAAGCCCUUCCUAUCCCCGUCACGGCACUAAUGCCGGUGUUCCUCAUGCCCAUGCUGGGGGUGCUGCCGGGACCGACGAUCUGCGCCGCUUACGUCAAUGACACCUUGCUAUUCCUGUAUAUUGUAGGACACCUAGCUAUUUCUGUGUAUAAAGAAUGUCUUACUAUUCCUGUAUAUUGUAGGAUAUCUUGCUAUUCCUGAAUAUUGUAGGAUAAUUUGUUUUUUCUGAAUAUUGUAGGAUACCUUGCUAUUCCUGUAAAUUGAAGGACGCCUUGCUAAUCCUGUAUAUUGUACGAUACCCUGCUAUUCCUGUAUAUUGUAGGACACCUCUACGUAUAUUGUGUCUAUAUUUGUACGUUGCUAUUUCUGUAUAUUGUAGGACACCUCCACGUAUAAUGUGUCUAUAUUUGUACGUUGUUAUUCCUGUAUAUUGUAGGACACCUCCACGUAUAUUGUGUCUAUAUUUGUACGUUGCUAUUUCUGUAUAUUGUAGGACACCUCCACGUAUAUUGUGUCUAUAUUUGUACGUUGCUAUUCCUGUAUAUUGUAGGACACAUCCACGUAUAAUGUGUCUAUAUUUGUACGUUGUUAUUCCUGUAUAUUGUAGGACACAUCCAUGUAUAUUGUGUCUAUAUUUGUACGUUGUUAUUCCUGUAUAUUGU